AUGAGAAUACGACUCCCGGUUGCAGGUGUCUUCGUGCUCUUGCUCCUCCUUGCUGCGUACGCCGGAUUGACCACUGUACAACUCGGUCAAUAUGUCAACGACAAGGUGCUGCAUUUCGUCACCUUCUUCACGCUCAGCGUUGUGUUUUACUGGAUUGUCGACACCAAUCGUAGGCGUGUCAUGAACAUGACUCUAGUAGUGUGUACCAUCGUCCUUGGCGUCGGUUCCGAAUUCGUCCAGAGCUUCAUCGACAAUGGCCGCGAGUUCGAUCUAUACGACAUUGUGGCGAAUGUAAUAGGAAGCUUGCUGGGUGUUGGCCUGUGCUCUUGGUACCACAAGCGCAUGCUCGAGCGCAAGCGACGAAGACGAUACAGCGCUGUCCCCGGUGAAGACGAUGCUGAUGUCGAGCUCGGCGAGGACCAUGAAACUGGCGUUGUUGAAGGAACUUCGCGGUCUCGAACCCUGGAAGAAGAGGUUGAUAACUGGGACGAGAACCAAAUCGACGAUGAAUGGGACGAGGACGAUACACACGAGGCUUCAACCAACAACGCACAUGUGCUGGAUAACGGUGCAGACAUUGGCGAUUUGGGAGAUAUGAAGAAGCGUAUGGAUUAG